AUGGGUAAGCAUUAUUCAAAUUUUUUAAAAGGGCGAGUAAUUGCAUUAAAAAUUCAAAUUUUACGUAUAAACAAAUAUCAGAAAAACUUAAUAUCCCAUUAUCGUCUUCUCAAUUUAUCGUUUCAAAAUAUAUUAAUUAUAAUACUACAAAUCGUAAAAUUUGUACAGGUAAAUUUUCAAAGAUUAACAGAAGUGAUUAUAAAAUAA